AUGGAUGAUGAUGAUUACGAUGAGGAAGAUUUGAUGGAGAUUGACCGUAUUGAGAAAAAUGCACUCUGUGAGGCAGGAAGCAUUCCUGAAAACAACAAACAAGAUAUGGACAAUCGGUCAGGUAAUGAUGGCUGUGAGCCAGAGAAACAGUCUGAUAACAUGGAGGGUGAUGAACCGAACGGUGGUGUUGUCCUUGAAUCAUGUCUGCAGCCAAGUGAUGUGUCGGAGGAGAUUUUGAGUUUUAGUGAGGGAAUCUACUCUGUUGCCCCCGCUGAAGGAAAAAAACCGUCGAGCUUUUUCAGAACACCCAAACUUGAGGCGAUGGCUUUCCCAGUUCAGUUUCCCACUGGCGAAAAUACACUGGAUGAUCACAGGCCAAUGAAAUUAACACCCUGCAGUUAUUUCAAAACGAGGCUUUGCUGUGUCGAUGGCCGUUUCGCUAAAGAUACUAACUACUUGUUCUUUGCUCAGUUUGUGACAGAAAUACAUACGGCCACUUCCAGCAUGAGAAUACAGUUGCGUAAAGGCAAACCUUUGACUCGAGAUGGCCGCAAAAUCACCAAUGCCAUGUUGCAAAACAAACGAGAAGUUGAAAGGCUAGUGCGGAACAAAGAUGCAAUAAGAUUCAUGACACCGCUGAGAGGCACCCCGGCAUAUUGGCAGAAAACAACCAAAGACUUGUUUGCGAUGAUUCGGGCUUUAGGCUCGCCACAAUUCUUCUUAACUUUCAGUGCCGCAGAAAUGCGUUGGAAAUGGGUUAUCACAGCAAUUAAAGCCCAGCAAGGUGAACACGUGAAUUUUGAAGAGCUGGAUUGGUCCUCCAAGUGUGAGAUUUUGCGAAGUAAUCCUGUCACCACAAUGCGCAUGUUUGACAAACGUGUCGAGGCACUGUUCAGAGAUCUGAUCCUGUCCCCCGCACAACCUAUCGGCAAAGUCGUUGACUACUUUUACCGGCUCGAGUUUCAGCACAGAGGAAGCCCACACAUUCACGGUAUGGUAUGGGUGGCAGGUGCACCUGUGUUUGAAGAAUGCUCUGAUGAGGAGGUGUGUAAGUUUGUGGCCAGAUUCAUCAAAGCUGAGCUGCCCGAUGAAAACAAGGACCCAGAACUGUACAAAAUAGUCACAGAAGUUCAGAUGCACAGCAAAAACCACUCCAAGACAUGUGUGAAAUACAGUGGUGCAAACUGUCGUUUCGGAUUUCCCAAACAACCUGUCCCAAAAACCACAAUAAUCAGACCGGGGGCAAUUGUGGAUGAAGCAACAGACCUGGCAUUGACAGAAAAGCUUGCAACACUUAACAGACUUCUUCAUGAACCUACUACUGCAUCGCUCAGCUUUGAACAGCUUUUGGCAAAAUGUGAGUUCACCAAAGAAGAAUACCACAGGUGUUUGCAGAGCAAAACCAACGGCAGUCAAGUGAUGCUGAAGCGUGGUCCCAAAGAUGUUUGGGUAAAUGGCUACAACCCCUACCUUCUGAAAGCCUGGAAUGCCAACAUGGAUAUCCAAUUCAUUCUCAACCCCUACUCCUGUAUCAUGUACAUGUGCAGCUACAUCAGCAAGGCGGAACAUGGUCUGAGUGAAUAUCUCAAAACGGUGAUACAAAACUCACGUCAGGAAGAUGUCAACGAAAGCGAUGAAAUGAAACAAAUAAUGCAAGCCUACUCCAAAAAAAGAGAGGUAAGCGCUCAGGAGUGUGUGGCUCGUGCAUGCGGUCUACACAUGAAGCAGUGUUCACGCAGCGUGGUGUUUGUGCAGACGGAUGACAACGCACUGAAAAUGAGUUACCCCUUGUCACACCUGGACAACAAACCUUCAGAAUCGGAACAUGUGUGGAUGACAGGGUUACCUGAUAAGUAUGUAUGCAGACCAGAAACACCAGACUUUGAGGCAAUGUGCUUGGCGGAUUUUGCAUCGAGCUGCAGAAUAGUCUACGGCAAGCAGACAAAAGGCAAAAACACUCAUCGCCUGCUGAAUGAGAUGGGGUUUGUCCAGAAGAGAGCGAAUGAUGAAAAACAUGCUGUCAUCAAAUAUCGACCCAUUUCCCUUGAGAAAGAUCCAGAGCUGUAUUAUGGCACAUUGCUUAAACUGUACGUGCCUUAUCGCUCAGAAAACCAGCUGAAAUCCAUCCACUUCCCAACUUACCAGUCCGUCCAUGACCAUGCAGCUGUUUGGUUACCUGGAUCACAGCAUCCCGAGCGCGUGAAGGCAAUUGUGAAACGCAACAGAGAAAAACAUGAGAAACACCGUGAGGACAUUGACAGUGCCAUUCAAGAGUUUGAAGAAAGGGGAAUGUUGCUAAAUGAAUGGGGCAACCUGGCGCCUGAGAGUGAGCUGGAACGGCUCGAGUGUUUAGAUGAACUUAAUGAAAGAGAAGCUGAUGAAGACGUGCAGGAGAAUGUUCCAGACUACAAUGUGAGGUCAGAUGUGAGGCGAGAAUCUGCAGUCACGAUCGAAGCCCCAGAGAUUGAUCCUGCGUUGCUGCGUGAGAUGUAUCAGAACUUGAACCAAAUGCAAGCUUCAGUUUUCCACACCAUUCGGGACUGGUGCUUGAAAUGUGUUUGUGGUUCAAAACCCGAGCAGUUCUUCUUGUACAUUAAUGGUGGCGCCGGAACAGGUAAGUCUCACCUAAUCAAAUGCAUCCAUGCAGAGGCAUCUAAAAUACUCAGAAGACUUCCAAGAAAUGCAGAGGAAGCAGACAUCUCUAAACCUACCGUUCUCUUGACUGCAUUCACUGGUACUGCAGCAUUCAACAUUUCAGGUACAACAUUGCAUUGUCUCUUGAAGCUGCCCAGAAGUCUCAAACCUCCUUUCCAAGGUCUUGGUAACAAACUUGACGAAGUCAGGGCAGAGCUUUCAAAUGCAGAGAUACUCAUUAUUGAUGAAGUCUCCAUGGUCUCCAAACAGCUCUUUGCCUAUGUGGACGCAAGACUGAAACAAAUCAAAGGAAGUCAGAGACCUUUUGGUGGAAUGUCAGUUCUCACUGUUGGAGAUUUCUACCAGCUACCACCUGUCAGACAGUCGAAACCUCUGUGUGUGUUCGACCCGACUCAGAUCGACCUCUGGCGUGACAACUUUCAGAUGGUCACACUGACCGAAAUCAUGCGUCAGAAAGAUGAUGUUGCUUUUGCUGAGACGCUGAAUCGAAUCCGUGCCAAAGAAAAGACAGUGUCUUUGUCUCAUGAAGACAGAGUUCUACUUUCACAGGCCUUAGCUGACCCGGCUCAAUGUCCAAAAGACGUACUGCAUGUUUAUGCAACAAAUAAACAGGUUGAGGAACACAACUCAAAAACACUGGACAUGUUUCACUCUGAUGUCACCACAAUAGAUGCGGACGACUACAAAAAAGAUCCAAGCACCGGGAGAAUGACGAGACAAAGUGUACCUUUCCAAGGAAACAAAAAGGAGUUGCCUGACUCGAUAAAAGUGGCCAUCGGCGCUAAUGUCAUGAUCACCAGAAAUAUAAGUGUGAAGUCAGGUCUCUGCAACGGAACAUUUGCACGCAUUGCAAAAAUUGUGACUAAAGAAGGAAAUCUGCAUGUUGAAAAACUCGGACUUAAACUGAACGGUCAAAGUGCAGCAGCCAGCGAAGCAGAUGCGGAUGAAAAUAUCGUGUACAUUGACAGAGACGAGGAGAAUCUGAAACAGACAGGAGUUGUCCGAAGACAGUUUCCCAUCAAGCUCGCUUUUGCAUGUACAAUACACAAAGUUCAAGGGAUGACAACGUCCUCGGCCGUGGUCUCACUGAAACACAUCUUUGAACCCGGCAUGGCCUACGUUGCUCUGAGCAGAGUGACCUCUCUGAGUGGACUCCACAUUCUAGACAUGGAUGAGAGGAAAAUCUAUUGCAACCCUGAAAUCACCGUAGCCCUUGAAAACAUGUCUAAAGCUUCACUUGAACAUGUCAUGCCUCUCCUCAAGAUCCCAGAGACAUUAAGCAGGCCAGACACUCUCACUGUCAUUCAUCACAACACAGAAGGACUACCAGCUCAUAUUACUGACAUCAAAAGUCACCAUGAACUGCAUCUUGCAGACGUGCUCUGUCUCACUGAAACUCAUCUGCGAGGAUCCUUUGUUGCUGAGAGUCUCCAUCUUGAAGGCUACAACAUGUUCAAACGUAACAGAAACGUGUCUUAUUCAAACCAUCCUGCCAUGGCCAGUAAAAACGGUGGCGGAGUUGCCAUCUAUGUGAAAGAACACAUCAGAGUCCUUGAGAGACAUUUCAUUCAGAAUGCCACUGAUAUUGAGUUCAGUGUCAUCAAACUUGAAGCUCCUUUCAGGGCUCUAAUUGCUGCCAUUUACAGGCCUCCUGACUACGAAGUUCACUCAUUCAUAUCCAACCUCAGAAGUCUCUUGGAUUCACUUGAAGUCAUGGAUCAUCAUCCCAUCUUAGUCUGUGGAGAUUUUAAUGAAGAUUUGCUGUCCGGAGCAAGGAAGCCCAUUCUUGAACUGUUUCAGUCCAAAGGUUAUGAACAACUCAUAACUGCUGCAACCACAGAGAAGAACACGCUGCUUGACCCCAUUUUCAUCUCUUGCCCACAGUCCUGUAUCCAUUCUGGCGUGCUGCGGACAUACUACAGUUACCACCAUCCUGUCUACUGCGUGCUCACUUUAGAAAAACCCUAAAGAGAACUGGCUGGUUUAAAAUCGAGAACUUGGUGCAAAGUUAAGGGAAAAAAAAUUAUUGCGUCCAUUACUGUCGGUUUACACGUUGCGAUUUAAGAGAAGAGUUUUAAUUAUUGGUUUCCUAAUCGAUCACCUAACGAAACGUUGUAAAAAUAGUAUAUUUUAAGAUGGGGGGGUCGUCCUCAGCAGCCAGGCUGUAACACCUGCUCUGGCUGCUCUAGCUUUUAAAUGGCUGGGAGGGAGGGAUGGUCAGACGACCCUCCUAUACCAAAGAAAAACAUACCUGCAAAUACUUUCUAGUCACUGUACAAUGUGAGAUUAAAGACAAUAUAUAAAACUUUAAUACAUUUCUGAAAAAUACAGUGAAGUAAAAUGAUGCAAAGGUCAGAACAUUAUUAGUAGCAUUUAAAAAAAAAAAAAUUUAAAAUAUACAGUGAGACAAAUUAAAAACAAGCUAAUUUAAAAGAAAUAAAAACUGCCACUGAAACUAUUAUGAACUAUUGAAAUAUUAUAAACAAAUUAUAUUUUAAGAUGAGGGGGUCGUCCUUAGCAGCCAGGUUGUAACACCUGCUCUGGCUGCUAUAGCUUUUAAAAGGCUGGGAGGGAGGGAUGGACCGACGACCCCCUCCUAUACCAAAUUAUAUGAAAUACAUUUCAAAAUAUACAGUGAGACAAAUUAAAAACAAGCUAAUUUAAAAGAAAUAAAAACUGCCACUGAAACUAUUAUGAACUAAUGAAAUAUUAUAAACAAAUUAUAUUUUAAGAUGAGGGGGUCGUCCUUAGCAGCCAGGUUGCAACACCUGCUCUGGCUGCUAUAGCUUUUAAAAGGCUGGGAGGGAGGGAUGGACCGACGACCCCCUCCUAUACCAAAUUAUAUGAAAUACAUUUCUGCAAGUCGUGACUUUACGCUGUAUUAGAGUUGCCCAUUAUGUCCUGCCAUUUACUUUGAGUAGUGGCAGGAAGGUCUGAGGAUGCAUUACUGCUCCUCAUUUCUCUUGAAUGACUUGGUGUGGGCGUAAGGUAAGAACAAUAUUGAUCUUUCAUAUAUACUAGCUGCAGGACUGCUCCAUUUUAAAUGUGAAAAUACACGUUGUUUUACUGGAUUUGUUUGUCUGAAUUUCUCUGUUCAUUUGUUUGGGUUUAGGCACCUGUGCCCUUUAGACACCAAAGAUGUGGGGUGAUGACACUAGAACUCCAGCUCUGUGCUCAGUGUGUCCCAAGGGCCUACCUUGGAGAGGGGAAGACACAUUUCAUCCUAAGAGAGCAUCGGGUCAGCCUAUGAUUUUGAUAUCAAGACAUUUGCACUCUGAGUUUGUUGCCUUUUACUGUUUGUGUUUGUUUCUGGUGGUCUACCAAAGGAGAUAAGGAUGAGCCUCUCUCAAAAGAACAUCAAUUGGUGAACCCUCUGUCUGACACUUGGUUGUAUUCACGCCUUCCUGGGCUGAGAAGUUCGUCACCAAGUCUUUCACAGCCGUGUAAAUUAACGGGUAGGAGCUGCAGGUGCCACAGUGAGAAGACACAAUUUUACCUGUAAAUCCCCUGGACAUGUGCAUGGUGAGUGACAGUACAGUUUAUUCCUUUUAAUCUAAGGCUACCAAUAAUUUCUCAAUGAUGCACCAUGGCAUUUUGAAGUUCUUUUUCUGUCACAAUGUCACAGUGGCAGCAGAACACUGGCAGAGCAGCGCCUGAGCAACAGUUCCAGAGUACUGCAGCUAGACAGCUGUGUCUGUCAACUUGAAGAGGGCCCACACACAUUGUAAGUUGACUUAAAUGUUGUUACAAUGUCUGUUUUCUGGUGUAUUUAAAUCAAUCUGUAAGAUUUCAUCUGGUUUUUCUCUCUCCUCUUCAGUGCUACAGAGAGAGGUGAAGUUGGACAUGCCACGUAUGCAACACUAUCCUGAGAAGAGGUGCCGCCACUGA